AGCCAGUUUGGCUGAAGCUAUUACGGCCAUUUUCCAGUCGUUGAACCCUCACUGCAGCCACGGCAGAGACAUUCGCAUUCAAUGCUGACAGUCAUCAACACCUUUUACUCCAACAAGGAGAUUUUCCUGCGCGAGCUCAUUGCCAAUGCGUCAGAUACCUUGGACAAGAUCCGGUACGAGUCCAUCACGGAUCCUGACAAGAUCGAGGCCCAGCCAAAUUUUCACACCAAGACCGCCUCCGAUAAGACCAAUUACACCAUUACUAUCGAGGACUUCGGCAUCAGGAUGACCAAGAACGAAUUGGUCAACAACCUCGGCAAUUCGGGUAUCUCGAACAAUGAUGACCAACAAAGAAUUGAUCAUCUUAGUGCUCGGGCAGUUUGCGUUGCUUUCUAUUCCGCAUUCGCAAACGUCCGAACAUAUGUUUGUCUGGAUGCAAUAUGUCGUGAAUGCCCCGCGGGGGACCCGGGCCAUUUGCGUCGCGCACGAUUGGCGCGGACGGGGCUCCUCAGGGCAUCGUUGGAUGCUUGCUUGGCCUAGGAGAAGCAGUGAGCGACGCCCUCUCGGGCGCCCCCUGGUGCUCUGUUGGGCUAUAUUUGAGCCGCUCUGAUGCCGCAGAAGCCAGUCAAGAAGCCCAAAGGCGAGAAGGGUACCUACACUGUGUUUCUGUAGGCUUGGGACGGACGUUGAGCUCUCGGGAGCGCAAACGGGAUGCCCCGUGGCCAUUGAGAUCCUUCUCGGGGUGGCAUUGUGGCCCCUUGGAGGCAUGUUGGAGGCUGUAUUCAACCAUCUUGGGGUACAUCGCGCGGCAUGGGAUCUCGGGCUGCAUGGGGCCAUUUUGGGCCGGCAGCCUUCCAAGGAUAUGCCAAAAUACGUUCAACACACAGUAAUUCGAUGGCCCAGGCCUUGGUUCUAGAGGGCGGUGCCGCAUAGCCUUUGGGUGUUCUUGAGACCGCCUAGGAGCCGUAUUGGGCCCCCCUCGCGGCUCUCGUAGACCAUCCCGGAGCCGUCUCGAAGGUUGACCAGCCUGUCGGAAGCGAACAUAUCAAAGGACAA